AUGGAGUACACCGGCAGCUACUACCGAGGGGAGCGCGUCAACGGCAGGUCGGGAGGGAGGCAGGGCGGGCGAGGAAGCGGGGCGCAAGGUGGGGGCCUUCUCCCCACCCCCACUCGAGAAAUGACUCCCGUGUUGGGGGGGGAACACUACGUGUGAAGGGUUUUUUCGCGUGUCCAUGCUAAAAAAAGUACUAUAUGCGAACGGUUUUUCCUGUGUGUUAAAAAAAACAACAACUACAUUUGAACGGUUUCCCCACUUGUGUUUGUUUUAAAAACAGCAAGUCAACGGGUUUUUCCCUGUGUCCGUGUUAAAAACAACAUGUGAGCGGACCACACACACCCCAUGACCGUGUUAAAAAAAACUGUCUGAACGGGUUCCCGUGUCUCUUAAGCAAAAUACCUUACGUGAAUGAGCCCCCCUCCUGUGCUAAUCAAAAUUUUACAUACAUGUAAACGGUUUCAUCCUGUUUUUAAAAUGCCAUGUGUGAACGAUAUCCAGUAUUAGUCAUUCUCAGAGCAGACCCAUUGAUAUCCAUGCAUUUCCAUAGAUAACUUUUCUGAGUAUGACUAAUACUAGUUUCACUCAAAAAAUGGCAAUUCUUUUAACAACAUCAGUGGGUCUACUCUGAGUAUGACUGAGUUAGAUAUCACCCAAUAUUAUUUAUUCUUCUGUGACAGUUGGUUUCAUCUGCUCAGACUUCUUGCUGCUGCUUCUUUUAUUUUUUAUUUACUGUUUUAUGAUUAUCUCCCCCACACUUUUUUUUUUUAAAAAAGCUGAAAAACACUCUGGAUGUUUUGAUAGAAAAGUGGUGCAGAAUGAACAAUCUUAUUACCACCACCACCCCCCUUAGGUGUGCAUGUUGGGACUCCUAAUCUAAACAGGCUGAACCCUUUGUUGGUUGUAUUAAAUUGUAUUCUCCCUGUGGACUUUUCUGCAGGUUGGAGGGCAAGGGCUCUUACACCCUCCCAACAGAAACGAAGUAUGUAGGUGAAAUGAAAGAUGGGAUGUUUCACGGCAAAGGUGUUUUGCACUUCCCUGGAGGAAGCAAAUAUGAAGGGACUUGGGAAAAUGGAAUAUCUAUAGAGGUAUACAGCACAUACAUGUACAUCUGAAGCACUCUUCCCUAUCGUGGUGCCCCUCAGCCUCAGUCACCACCAGAGGAGCCAACUCCUAGGGGCCAAGGUCCCUUCGGCUCCCCCCCCCAAAAAAAUAUUGGAGGCCUCCCCAAAUUGAUGGGCAUUUCCAUUCAAACGGUAUGCAUGUGCCACAUCAUGCGAUCAGUUAUGUGGGACAGGGCUUACCUGCCCCCCCAUAUUUUAUUCAAUUUGGACCCCUGGCCACCACAGCGGGGGUUGAUGGGUGCUGCAGGUCAAAACAACUUCAUUGGUUGCUCAGACUGGGGAAGGCAACCCUGCCUUUCAACUGGGAUCCAUUUCAGAGGCCAUACUGCAGCUGCUCCUCUCUUCAGAGGCUAGGCCAGCUAGGCCAGCAUCCAUUUGCUGGUUUGUUUUAAUUUGCUGUUUUAUUAUGUUAUUUCAAGCUCCCAUUUCUAUUAUUUUUUAUUGCCUUCCCCUCACCCUUAGGCCCAGGGGUAGGCACUAAAAUAAAUAUUAAAAGCAAUUUAAAACAACUUCUAAUCAAUCUGAUCUGAUCCGGGAGGUAUACUCUAACAUUCCUAGGUACCUGUAUCAGCACCCCAUUACCCUUGAGAGCAAAACAGAGUCUCCAUGUUCUCUGGUGUGUUCAUAGACCAUCCGCUGUUUGUGGGCUUCCCAGUGGCAUCUGGUUGAUCACAGUGGGGAAGCAACAUGCUCUGUUCUUUAUCCAACAGAGCUGUCCUUAACCCCAAACUUUCCAUUGCAGGGGAAAUAUACUUUUGCAGAUGGACUGGAGUAUGAAGACAACAAAUGGCAUUAUUGUGAUGGCUAUGACAGAAGGUUUUAUACAGAAAUCUGCAGAGGCCUGAAGCCAGCAGGUACUGCCUUGUUUAAGCUUUUUGAUGUAACAGACCAACUGCAUUAAUUGAGAGGGACUACUUUCUAAGAAGAAGCAGCCUCAAUAGGUGGGCCCUGGGCCACUUCAGGCCCACCCCCCAACCUGCUGGGGUUGGCAGCAGCUAACCAAAUAAAUAGCUGCUGCUUCCUUCCUCUUCGUUGCUAUUUGCUCCCAUACCUGGUUCCACUGCCCACCUUGGCUGCUGUCACCUACUGCUGUGUUUUCAUUGGCUAUUGUGCCCUGAUCCCACAGAUCUGAUGCCUAGGUGGGAUGCAGAGGGCUUUUCUUCAGUAUUAAAAUGAAUGCAUAGCUUUGCUCACAAGGCAUGUACAUGGGAGUCCCUUGAAGCUUUGGAUCAAGAUGAUAUCAUAUCCCCCAAUAUAAGUGAUUAUUUACAGUGGUGCCUCGCAAGACGAAAUUAAUUCGUUCCGCAAGUCUCUUCGUCUUGCGAGUUUUUCGUCUUGCGAUGCACGGUUUCCCAUAGGAAUGCAUUGAAAAUCAAUUAAUGCGUUCCUAGGGAAACCGCCUUCAGACCAGGUCCGGGGACAGUCUGUCCCCGGACCUCUUCUGAAGGCUGGGGGGGGGGCAAGGGCUUUUCUUCCCACCCCCAGCAUUUUAAAAAACCCCGGGACAGCGGAGGACUUCUCCGCUGUCCGGGCGAUCUUAAAAUGCUGGCGGGCGGCAUUUUAAAAUCGCCCCGGGACAGCGGAGGACUUCUCCGCUGUCCGGGGCGAUUUAAAAGCCCCUGGGAAGGCGGGCAGGGGGGACAAAGACUUUGCCCCCGCCAGCCUUCAGAAGAGGUCCUGGACCUCUUCUGAAGGCGGGCGGGGGCAAAGUCUUUGCUCCCCCGCCUUCAAAAGCCCUCCGGGACAGGCAGGCAGGGGGAGCAAAGACUUCGCCCCCGCCCGCCUUCAGAAGGUCUUCCCUCCCCCGCCCGGCUUCGGAGCACCGUCCGAGCCGGGCGGCGGCGGGAGGUCUUCCCUCCCCCGCCCGGCUUCGGAGCACCGUUCCGAGCCGGGCGGCGGCGGGAGGUGUUCCCUCCCCCGCCCGGCUCGGAGCACCGUUCCGGAGCCGGGGCGGCGGGGAGGUCUUCCUCCCCCGCCCGGCUCGGAGCACCAUUCCGAGCCGGGCGGCGGCGGCAGGUGUUCCCUCCCCCGCCCGGCUCGGAGGAGCCUCCGGCCCGGCGGCGGCGGGAGGAGGUGUCCCCGCCCCGCCGCCAGGCUUCGGAGGAGGUCCGAGGACAGUGGGGAAGACGCGCUGCGCUUCCCCGCUGUCCCUGAGAUUUCCUAUGGGCUGUCGUCUUGCGAAGCAAGCCCAUAGGGAAAUUCGUUUUGCGAAGCGCCUCCAAAACGGAAAACCCUUUCGUCUAGCGGGUUUUCCGUCUUGCGAGGCGUUCGUCUUGCGGGGUACCACUGUAUUGGUUAUUCUCCUUAAAGACCUGGAUACUUUAAGUGACUUCUUCAUAUGCUGAUAUCAGCCUGUUUUCAAUUUUAAGGCAUUUCCCAGCUUACAAACCUGGAUCCUCCUCGGGUCAUCCCAGCAGGCUGCUAUGACUGUGGUGACGGCUUCUAUAACCCAAAAACCAGAGUGGUUGUUGAUUACCACCUCCGGUUUCUGAGGAAUGCAGGUAUGGCUUUGUCAAUCAGAUCAGCAAUACAAUAUUUGUGUGCUUACUAUGUACUUCUAAUGGUCUAGUUAUUGAAUCCUAAACCUUCACCAUUAGAUGCAAUUUCAGUUACAAGGAUUCAGGACUUGCAACAAAGAUGUCAGCUAUGGAAAUGGGGGAGGGGGUGACCUUGGGAGCAUGCAAUAUAUAAUUUGGGGUUCAAUUAUUUCUUUCUUAGAAAUUUAGAGGAAAUUGCAAAAUAGAAUUCUGCCAUUUUAUGAUCAGAUCAUGUGUCCAGGAAUAUCAGACUCAGUAGAAGGCAAGGCUGGCCCAAAACAUUUUGGCACCUGAUGCAAACCCCCCACCAGGGAAGAAGGGGUGAGUGAGGAUCUGCAUCAGGAACAAGGCGAUCAACCUUAUCUGGCAGUUGAGAUGGGAAUCACAGGCUGUUGCAGGGCAGAAAGGGGCCUGCUCAGAAUCACGCUUGGCAGGUGCAAAGUCCAGGAGACCCCAGAGGGCAGCUCCCACCAUUUCUUCCCUAGGGGUGGGAGGAGACCAACAGCGUCUCCUGUUCACUGGGCUGCUGCAGAGGCAGCAUUGAAGACGGGUGUGCUGCUAAGGAGGUAGCAGAUCCGGCCUGCAAGGAGUGUGUGGUAGCAGGUGAUGUGUUCCUUGAAGGCCAGAUCUGCUGCACCUAUGGGUCCUGACACCCAAGGCAGUUGCCCCACCUUGCCUCGUGGGUGAGCUGGCCCUGGUGGAAGGCUCAUACAAGAACAAACUGAAUUUGAGAAACUAAUAAUGAAAUAUAAAAGGCAUAUAAAAGCAAAAAAAAAAAAAAUCAGUUCAAUUUGAUACAGAGUAAAGAGCAGGUAAAGGAACAUAAGGUUUGUUGGACGUUUGAGCACAUGGGUUUUAAGACAGCCGGCUCUACAUCUCUUCUUGUUAGACCAAUGUGUCUUAGGUUGCACUCUACUUUACAGCUUCCUGCUGCUCCUCACACUUCUUUCUUGAACUUCAAGAUAAGAGGUCAGGCUGGAACUACAAAGGCAUGGUGGCCAUGUCUUCCUGUAGUCUAGUUGGUUAGGGAAGGGGAGGGAAUUAGAAGUAAAAAAUUAUUGAAAUUUUAGGAUAUGAAAUUCCCCAUCAUCCUGUUCUGCUUUUAUUAAAUUAUGUAAGAGUCAGGAAGGCCACAACAGAAGGAAUGUGUUUUAUAUAUGUUAACAGCAUAUACAGUAAUUUAUGCAAAGAAGUGAAGACAAUCAUCUAUACCCCCAGUAACUGAUUGGCAUGAAAAAGUCUGGGAAUAUGCUCUUAUGGCAAAAUUGGCUUGUUAUUUAAGGAGUAAGCAAGCACAAAUACAAUAUUUAUUUAUGAAGAAACAGAUAAGCUUCAUUCAGUAUUGCCAGUCUAGAGGAUGCAUCCCUAAUACAUUAUUUUGUAAAUCUCUUUGGGUUACCACUUAUAAAGAAAACAACUAAUAAGAGCAAUACAUUAAUAAAUAAUAAGUAAUGUAUGUUAUAGUUUUUCAAUCUCCUGUUCAAUGUUAUGGUUGAGUUUGAAUUAAUAAUUUGGAGAGUGAGUAAAGGAUUGUUUUUCUGAUAAGGCUGAGGAGAAGAAUACUGUUAAAUUUUCCAGAUAAGGCAUAAUGGUACAGGGUAAAAAAAAAAAAGUUGUAUGCAGUGUUAAUAUAUUUAGGAUUUCCUGCUAUCUUUCAAUUCCUUUUGAAUUAGGGAACAAAACCAAGGUCUACAGUUUUAAAACACCCACACCCUUACACCCCCAUAGUUUAACCAUUCUGACAUUUUGUCAAGCUGUAGUUUGCCACAAACCAGGAAACACUCACGGCAGGAUUUUAUUUUUUAACUUUUGCAUCUUGCCCCCCACCAGUUGCUUAAAGGUAAAGGUAAAGGGACCCCUGAUAAUUAAGUCCAGUCGCGAAUGACUCUGGGGUUGCGGCACUCAUCUCGCUUUACAGGCUGAGGGAGCUGGCGUUUGUCCGCUUCCGCAGACAGUUUUUCUGGGUCAUGUGGCCAGCAUGACUAAGCUGCUUCUGGCACAAUGGAACACCAAAACCAGAGCAGCGCACGUAAAUGCUGUUUACCUUCCGGAGCGGUACCUAUUUAUCUACUUGCACUUUGCCGUGCUUUCGAACUGCUAGGUUGGCAGGAGACCAGUUGCUUAGGAAACCAUAUAAGGGGUCACCAUUAUUUUCUCAACAGCCUCCCAGACGCUAGGCUUGUCUUAAAGGGUUUCCCUCAAUUAGCUUCAUGGCUAAGCAAAGGUUUGAGCCUGGGUCUCUACUCACUACACCACACGGCUGUUAGUGUAAGGUUACCAGAUGUCCCCGUUUCCUGGGGGCAGUCCCUGGAUUUACAAAUCAGUCCCCAUACAAAAUCCUGUCAUUCCUAUUGAGGUUGAAAAGUGUCCCCGGAUUCAUUGAAAAAAUCUGGUAACCUUAACUUAGUGGCCUUUGUAGUGGGUGAGGCAGGGAGCAGGGAAUAAGUGUGGAGUUUGUGGCGUAAUCUCUACUUCCAGCUGCUAAGCACGAGCAGAUCUAAAUGGCUCCUGGUGGCACUAGCCCAAAAUACUGGAAUGCAGUGGCUCUGCUGAUGCAUAUGAUAAGCACACGCUUUCCAAAAACACAGGAACCUAGACAGAUCAACCCAGGCGGGAACGCCUAGGAAUUCCUUUUUUUUUUAAAUCUCCGCUUUGAACUCUCCUUUGUUACACUUUAUUACUAUAAACUUACAACAGUAUCAGCCCCGAUUAAAUGGCCCAUUGUAUAUGUCCCGUUUUGCAAAGCAAUUGUCUGCCGAGUGUCCAGGAGGGCCCCCAGGCUCUUUUUGCUUUGAGGACAUGGGUGUGAAGAUGGGAUGCAGCUCAGGAGUCCAUCCCUUCCUUUAAGGGCACCAACACAAUUGAAAGAGCCAGGGCUUGCCUGACAUCAGAGGAACUCCAGUAGCCCCAAGAGAAGUCGUUCAAGGCUCAAGGCCACAGAGGUGACAAAAUAGGCGGGUAAAUAGCCAGGCUGUGUGCGAAAGAAGCCAAGGAAGUGGUCGGGAGCGAGAGGGAACAGAUCCAGGACUGCUUCUUUACAGGAAAGGCAGGAAAACCCCGUCAGGCUGCUGGCCAGGUCUUGGAAGCAUCAAAAGCAGAUGGCAGGAAACAUUCAGAAACCUUUGGCAAAACCCUGGUGGGCUUGCUUAAAUUAUGCCGUUUUCCUAAAGAGCUGGGCUCGAGAUCAGAUCAGCUUUUUCUUAGCCUCAUGCUUUCUUCCUCUUUCCUCUGCCAACUUGAGAUCACAAACGUUGGGAUAGGAGACCCUUCAAAGGUGAGAAGUGAGAUUCUAAAGGGGGGGAAACAAGUCCUGAAUGGGUCUUCACUGCUGCUCAGUACCAUCAUAUAUAGGUAGAUAGAUGGGUUUCAUUAUUUGCUAUAUUUUUGUUCUGCUUUUCAAUCCAUUACUGUCUCCCAAAGCAGGUCACAUCACUAAAACAAAGGCAGGGAGAAGGGAAAGACAAGCCCUGCCAUAAGGCUUACAAACCAGAAAAACAAGGAAAGGCAAAUGGAGAGGAGCAGGAAGCAGUUUCCCUAUAGCUGCUCCUUUGGCUGAUUGGCAAGGCCAGGCUUUGCUCCAUUCCUUGAUGUUUUUCCUGGGAGGCAGCACGUGCAGCCUCCCAGUGGCCUUAGGUCCCUUUGCGAAUGGCAGAAGCAGUGUGUGAUAAAUACUUUGAGGUCACAGAAUGUUCACAAAUAUUCUAACAGCUGGGGAAGAACGUUCAAUAUUUUGACUGCUUACCAAGCAAUGCAGCUCAGCUCCUACGAGAGCCGUAGGAGGUUUGUUAGGUCAGGAUGAAAAACAAAGUUGCAGAGGAAUUCAGGACAGAAGGAUCUGGGUAUUGGUGUCAGGAAGGAGGGCAGAGUCAGAAAAUUGAGAGGUUGUUGGUAACAGGAUGCAGCUAAGUGGCAAUGCAGAACAUGCUGGGAUAGUGGCUGAGGAAGCCUUGUGCUUGAGAAACGGGAGCCUGUGAAGGUGAUAGGUGGAAGAAUCAGAGGCUGAGGUAAAGAGGCUUUUUGGAUUGAAGAGUGUAUGAGAAUCUCAGAGCCUACAUACCUGAAAGGCUGAAAGAAGAAUGGGAAGCUGCCUCGUACACGGUCAGACCACCAGUCCAUCUAUUGCUAACUGACUAGAAGCUGAUUUCCAAGGUGCCCAGGAGGUCCCAUUUCCAGCCCUACCUCCCAGAGUAGCUGGGGGGCUGAACCGGGGACCAUCUCCAGGCAAAGCUCUGCAGCUUAAAUAUGACCCUUCUUGUAAAAAGAGCACCUGCUGUUGCAAUGGCUCCAACCAAGGUCAUGUGUGAAUGUCCUUCCAUCAUGCUACUUUCUCUCACCCUCCCAUGUUGGUCCAGUUUGCACGUAACCGCAAACCGUACACCACAGGCCUUUCAGUCCCAUGCAUGGGCGGCACGAAGGCUGAGCCCCUGUUCCUGCCUUGCCUGCACUGGCACAUGCCUCCCCUCCCUCCGGCGGCUCCUGAGAGCACACCUGUGCCUUUAGAAAGCAGAGAGUGCGCGAAGUGGCCCUUGAAACACAGGACAAUUUAGUCAUUUAUAUGCCAGUUGCCUUUUUUCUUCAUUGCUGUUCCAAAUUCAGAGGAGGUCCGACUCCUGCAAAUGUGAACUCCUUUGACAGCUCUCCAGGAAUGAAAAAAAGGAAUGCAUUAAAAAACAAAAAAAUAAAUAUAGUUAUUUAGACACUUUGCAAAUGAAAUACACUGGGUUUUUGAUCAAUCACCUCAAGUUCUUCACUGCUUAUUUUUAUUUGAUUUUUUUAAAAAAAAAAUGCUAUACUAUAACUCUUACUUGCUUUUGUAUAUAUAAUCAUUGUGAAUUACAAGCCGUGUGAAAGAUUUUAGCUCUGGGGCAUUUGCCAGAUGGUUGAUUUUGCUUUUUUUUUUCACAUGACAAAAGACAUAAUGUUUGUGGCAGGCCCUGAGAAAUUGUUGGUAAUCAGUGUAUUCUUCAAAGGAACGGGCGCCAGACCUGUUUGCAAGAAUGUUCAGCUUUUGCAGAAAUUAAUUGUGAGCACUUUUAGUCUCUGCUCCUGAGCAUGGAACAAAACCAAAUUGUGCCAAUUGUUUUGCUGGUUUUCCAUCACAUAGCUACGUGAGCAGAGGAGAGGUAGAUGGGACAUGGGUUGUUCUUGUUUUUAACAUGCUAUAGUUUGCUGCCCAUUUAUUGAUCAUUUUUCUGCUUGGGCUGGGAAUGUCAAAAAUAUUGCCAUACAGUUCAAUGCAUAAACCUAAUGCUUGGAAGCGCCGCUUGGUGGUUUUGGGAUGUGGGCAGCUGCUUUAUUGCCCAUUGCUAUGACUGGCAGUGGCUCUCUAGAGCCUCAGGCAGAUAAAGGUCUCUCCCAUUUCUUACUGCUGAUCCUGUAUUUAUUUAUUAUUAGAUUUAUAUCCCACUCUUUCUCCAAAGACUUCAAGGUGGCAUAAACACCACACUCUUCUAAGUACCCUCCCUAUUUUAUCCCCACAAUGACCCUGUGAGGUAGCUUAGGCUGAGAGUGCGUGCCUGGCCAAGUGGGAAUUCGAACCCUCGUCUUCCAGGCCCUAGUCCAGCACUCUAACCAUUGUGUUGCACUGGCUUUCAUUGGAGAUGCUGGAGAUUGAACCUGGGACUACAGGUUUUGGACUACAGCUCCCAACAGGCCCAGCCAGGUUGGGCAUCUUGGACUACAAGUUUAAAGUCCAAAGCAGCUGAGGGGCACCAGUUUGGUGAAAGCUGCCGCUGAACACCCUGCAUCCUGGGCCAUACUGCCCACUCACUACAUGAGAGAUUAAUGGCUGACCUUAUAGCAAUGACAAGAGUUUCAGACCUUCCACACAGAACUCCCUGCUCCAACUGCCAGCAUUUCUCCAAGGCUCAGCAGGGGUAACUUGAAACCCUUUAACCAGAAAUGGAACCUUUUUUGUAAUUUUUCUAAGUGCAGAGCAUUUUAUAUAAGAAACAAAGCAAUAUUUAAGAUCACAGCCCAUCUAAGCAUGCUGAUGAAUCAUCUCCUGAGUUUUAAAAAAUGACCAUGGAGUUGUACCAUAUAAAUAUAUGAAUGCAAAAAAUCUAUCUACUCCUAGGAUUUAAAGAAAGUUUCAUUAGUAGGAAGAACUCCCUUUACUUUGUCUUGGCCCGUUGUCAGAGCUCACUGCUGAAGCAACAGUUCUCUCUAAGCUCCCGCCUUCCUGAACUGGGGGAACAGAAACCCCGUAUUUGAUCUCCUCUUGUCUUGCCUUAAAAUACAUCUUUGGGAGCUGUCUCUUAGCAACAGCCAGCAAGGGAAGGCUAGUCUCCAUUGUGGGCUGAGCACCACUCCAUUGCCCCAGAGGACCUUAGUGCUGCUAGUAGGCACAGACUGAAGGACAAGCUCAGUGAUGAGGGCAGGCAAUGCCACCUGAAUAAUCCUGGCACCAGCAUAUCAGUUCCUGAUAUCAGACUUAACAGUGAUUUUUAUUGUUAGAACCUUUUGUGAGGCACUUCUAAGAGAUUCCUGGGGAUAGAAAGUCAGAUACAAGUAUUCUAAAUAAAUAACAGCACCUGUAACAGCACCUCUCCUGGCCAUCUUUUCUACUCAUCUCCUAUGGCAAUGUUGCUGAACUGACUCCCAACACAUGUGGCCACUGAAUAUGCAUUCAGGAGCUGAUAGAAAUUGUAAUUCAGCAACAUCUGGAAGGCCAGAGGCUCCCCAUCCCUGCUCUAUGGGCUCAUCUUCCUGGCAAUACAUAUAUUUGAGCCAUUUUCAAAGCAGGCCUCCCUGGGGAGAUGUGAAGGGGAGGAAUUUAAGCAUCUCCCCACCACACUUCCAGUGUGUAUCAUGGAGGUGAUAGCCACCCACCAUUUCCCAAAAAAAUCCAUAGAGAUCUCUUCGAAGCAGGCACCUUCUAGGUUAAGGGGUUCCACAGAGGAUGCUUUGUCUGAGAGCCCCCAAAAUUCUGGUGCUGGUUUUAUGUUUUAAAUCACAUGAGUGGGGACCUGUGGACUCCCAACCUGUUGUUGGACUCUCAUCCACCCCAGUCAAGAUGGCCAGUGCUCAGAAUUCCACUCAUUCUCUAGAACACCCAUGUGCUGUUCAUGAAGCAGAAACAGUGGCAAGCUUUACACACCUCCUGAAGACACAUCUGUUUAAACAAGCAUUCCCGGGCCUAUAAAAUUCAUCACAUUGUUCUGUUCUAUUAUUUAUCAGUAUUUAACUCAAUGUUUUAUUGAUAGCUUCUCUGGUUUAAUGAUGUAUUCCUUUGUACCUUUGGCUUUAAAUGUUGUACAUACAUUCUUCUUUUAAUUAUCUUUCUGCGUUUCAUGUAAACUGCUUAGGGAGUUUGCAUAUUAAGUGGUUUGUAAAUGAUGAUGAUAAUGUUGACGAAGAUACUGGGUAACAGGGCUGGGAACAACCUCAGCCUGACACCGUGGGGAGCGGCUGCCAAUCACAGUUGACCAAGAGUCUGUCCUGGGCAAGAUGGCAAGAUCUGAAUUCUCCCAGUUUCCGGACCUUAAAACAAUUGCUGCUAUGAAACCUGCAAAGGUUUAAGUUCCAAUCCUCGGCUUGCCAAGAAUAACAGGGAGUGUUUGGGUUUUAGCUCUCCCAGUGCAGAUGCUGAGAAGAUUGUGAUGCAUGCUGCUUUACAGCUUGUGGGCAACUGCGCCGUGUAACAUUAACAAGUGUAAAAAAUGUCAUCCAGGCUGGGAAUUUCCUUUUAAUGGGCAAUUUGGAAUUGUAUGAGUUAAAUGGAAAUGAGAGAGUAAAGCAUUAUGGGGUGAAGGUUAAUUGAGUAUUUUAAAGUUUCCGCUUGUCAGCCAAGUUGCAGUGGAGUAUAGUGGGUGGGUGGGUGGGGUUCCAUGAGUAGGCAUGGCCCUGGGCUGGAGAAGUGUCUUCAUGCUUCUCCAGUGUGAAGAAGUUUCACAGGACAUUUCCCAAAAUCACUAUUUAAAAAUGCACUAUUUUGAUUUUGCUUUUAAGUGCUUUCUGGGACAGGGAAGUUCCUGGAUUUUUAAAGGUUCGUACAGAUCGCAUUUACCCCAUUUCUCUUAUAAAAGCAAGCCGCAGAUGGGGCCCCACCGUUUCUUCAUAGUGCAAGGACCUAUUUGGGUAGCUUAGGGAAGAGGUAGAGUUCUGCAGACUUCUUAAUUAAGAAAAAACCCAAGUAGUGUUAAGGGGGAGGGGACAUGAUUGAGGUUUGUAAAUUAAUACGUGGAGCAGAGAAAUGUAUCUUUUCCAUCCUUCCCCCUAUAACAGUAUAGCUUAGGAAGUCACUCAGUUGAAUUGAUUGCCAUUCAGUUCAGGAGAGACAGCCACAACAAAAGAACUUCUUCAUAAAGUGCAUCAUUAACUUACAAACUUUACAGCCACAAGGUGUGGUAAUGACCCCAAGCUUAAAUGCUUUUGAAAGGGAAUUUGACAGACUCAUGGAGGUCUGACCACAGAAUUUGUAAAUGAUGGCUAGAUAAAACCCCCAGUUUCAGAGGCAGUGUACCACUCCAAAUCAGCUCAUAGACUCAUAGAACUGGAAGGGAACCUGAGGGUUAUCUAGUCCAAUCCCCUGCAAUGCAGAAUCUCAACUAAAGCACCGAUGACAGAUAGCAUCCAAUCUCUGCUUAAAAACCUCCAAGGAAAAGAGAGUCCACCCCCUCCUGAGAGAGUCUGUUCCACUGUUGAACAGCUCUUAAACUGUCAAAAGGUCUUCCUGCUGUUUAGUCAGAAUCUCCUUUCUUGUAAAUUAAAUCCAUUUGUUUGGGUGUCACGCUCCAGAGUAAGAGAAAACAAACUUGCUCCAUCUUACUUGACAACUCUUUAGGUAUUUAAAGAUGGCUACCUACCCUCAGUCUGCUCUUAUUCAGGCUAAACAUACCCAACUCCCUCCACCAUUCCUCAUAAGGCCUGAAUUCCUUGAUCAACAUGGUCACCCGCCUCUUCACGUGUUCCAGUUUGUCAAUAUCCUCCUUACAUUGUGGUGCCCAGAACUGGACACAGGACUGCAGGUGUGGUCAGACUCUGACCAAGGCAGAAUAGAGCAGCUCUAUUACUUCCCUUGAUCUGGACAAUAUACAGUACUUCUGUUGAUGUAGUCUAGAAUAGCGUUAGCUUUCUUCCUUUUUUUUUUCUUCUUUUUUUUUUGCUGCUGCAUCACGUUGUGAUCCUUUUCACAUGUACUGAUGACAAGCCAGCAUUUGCCAUCUUAUAUUUGUACAGCUAGUUCUAGAUGCCUAAGUGCAGAAUGUGGCAGUUGUCCCCGUUGAAAUUCAUUUUGUUAGCUUGUGCCCAGUUCUCCAGUCUGUUAAAGUCAUCUUGAAUCCUAAUUCUGUCUUCUGCGGCAUUAGCUAUCCCUCCCAGUACGAUGGCACCUGCAAGUCGAAUGAGCAUCCCCUCAGUUCCUUCAUCCAAGUCAUUUAUAAAGACACUGAGCAACAGCAGGCCCAGGACAGAACCCUGCAGCGCCCGACUUGUCACUUUCUCCCAGGAUGACUAGGAACCAUUAGUGAGCACUAUUUAGAGUCAGUCAGUCAAUCAUACAAUCAUAUCAUAGAUUUAUAUCAUAUAUAUUAUUCAAUCAUAUACCCUACAACCAUAGCAUAUAUAAUAUCAUAUCACAGAUAUUAUCCUAUAAUGCAGUCAUAUAUCAUACUGUAAGGUAAAGGUACCCCUGACCGUUAGGUCCAGUCGCGGAUGACUCUGGGGUUGCACGCUCAUCUCUAUAGGCCAAGGGAGCCGGUGUUUGUCCACAGACAGCUUCCGGGUCAUGUGGCCAGCAUGACUAAGCCGCUUCUGGCAAACCAGAGCAGCGCACGGAAACGCCAUUUACCUUCCCUCCGGAGCGGCACCUAUUUAUCUACUUGCACUUUGACGUGCUUUCAAACUGCUAGGUUAGCAGGAUAUCAUACUGUACUGCCAUAUAACAGAAUAUCAUACAAUCAUAUCAUAUCAUACAUUCAUAUCACACAGUCACAUAAUCAUAUCAUACAAGCGAUCAUAUACAAUCAUACCAUAGCAUAUCAUAUCAUAUGAUCGUUCAAUCAUACAUUUUCAUUCCUAGCUUGUGAACUUCCUGGAGGAUCUGGUUGGUGACUGUGGAAAGCAAGAUGCUGGACUAGAUGAACCUUUGGUCCUGCCUAGGAGGGCUGUUCUUAUGCACGUGAGAACUGAUUCAGAGCAAGUGCUCUGCUGCAAAGAUCGCCCUAGCAUGGGGCCUUCUUUUUAUCCCCAAGGUUAGCCUGAGCUCCUCUGGGGGCCAGAUGUCCAGGCCCAAGGGUGGAAAAGUACUGCAGGCAGCAAGCGACCAAGGUAAAAAUUGAGUUUUGGAUUGGCGAGGAAGUUGGAGACUGGUACCAUGGUCUGUGGUGUAGGAGAGAGAAUAUAAGGAGAUAUGAACCUACCUUAUUUCAAGUCAGGCCAUUGAUCCAUCUGGCUCAGUAUUGUCAAUGCUGAGUGGCGGCAGCUCUCCAGGGUAUUAGGCAGGGGACAUUUCUGCCCUACUUGCAAAAUUGUGCUUUGACCAUGGCUUGAUUUUGGGAAACAAAACUGACCCAGAGAGAAGCUGGUGCUUGGAUGCACCUUCCAGGGAUUCUGGGCAGAUCUUCACCUGGCCUGCUGACACCUGUCAUACUUCCUGGGCUAGUGUAGAAUGCCUUGGAACAUCCACCAUUGCUUUAUCUUUUUAUUGCUAAGUAUUCCUGGGUGGCCCAUUUCUCCUUUCUACAGAGAGCAACUUUCUUUUGUUGCUUCACGCGCUGAAGUCCUUCCCUGCCCCCCACCCAUCCCCAUCUAAGGGAUUUCUACUUCACCAUGAACUGGGGCCACCAAAAAGGGGACAAUGGAGAAAGAAAGAACUUUUAAAAGAUGAAACGAGCAAGCGUGGAUUUGAUUCUCACCCACAAUGUGGAGAGCUGCCUAAUUGCGCCGGGGUGAUAAUUUCCAGUUGAUUAAAGAGUAUUUGUAUUCUUUCUCUCCCCACCCCGACUCCCUACCACCACAUUUAACCCCCCCCCAAAAAAAAACCCCAGAGGAAAUCACAUAUGAAGGUAAAGAUGUGCUUUGGUGUUCGCAUUAAUAUAACCCAACAAUUGCCUUUGCAAAAAGAAAAAAAAAAGUAAUUACAACUUGCUGUCUGGGGAGCACUAAUCAAACUCCAGGCUUUAAUUCUGCUUUAAAUAUGGAUGAAACACAACUCUCCAUGCUCACCCUGGUGUUGUGGGGUUAUGGAAGCCACCGGGGAUGGCACGAGGGGAUCUGCGUGGUUAACAAGCAGCUGCUGCCAAGCCAGAUCGGCAUCUGUGAUUUAAAUUGUUAGCUGCACAGUCAGGUAAAGUGUAAAAAGGGUGGUCGAGAGGCUGUUAAGUCCCUGGCCGCCAAUUACGAACAAUCAAGGAGGAGCCUGAACAUUCGCUUAGUACAAUAAACCCAGUUUGUCUUGUUUCAGGGGUGACUGCUGAAGAGGCUGCAGCUGCACUGAUUCAAAUACCCAGCAACUACAGUGAUUAUCAGGCAGCCUCCUCCUUUUAGGGUGGCAGAAGUAGUAUGCUCAGCCCAUCUCUUUUAACUCUUUAGUUUCCAACAGGUUUGAGCCUCUUCUCAUGCUGCCAGGGCCCUGCAGACCUGUGGUAUCAUGGUCCCAAGUCAUUCAGCACAGAUUUGGUCAAGGAUUCUCUUCCAAAUACAUGGGCAUUGGAACUUAAAGGUGUAUGUGAUAAUAACUUUAUGACAGUGGGAGCUGUUCGACAGUGGAACAGACUCCCCUGGAAGGUCUUGGACUCUCCUUCCUUGGAGGUUUUUAAGCAGAGGUUGGCUGGCCAUCUGUCAUGGAUGGUUUAGUUGAGAUUCCUGCCUUGCAAGGGGGUUAGACUAGAUGAGCCUCAGGGUCUCUUCCAACUCUACAAUUCUGUGAUUCUAAGAAGAGACCCCCAAAGGCCCAUUUGGUCCAGCAUUCUGUUUUGCACAGUGGCUAGUCAGGUGCCUGCAGGAGGACAAAGGCACAAGCCCUACCUCAUUGACUUCCUCAGCUGGUAUUCUAACUGGUACUGAACAUGGACAUUUUUUAUAGAUCCUCACCACAACUCUUGGAUUGAGAGAGGCCAGACUUAUCCUACCACAAGAACAGAGGAGCUUGGAAAAUGCCUUGUGUUCCAUCAUUUUGGCUAGUCAAGAACCAUUCCCAUUCGUGGUGACUGAAACAGCUCCCCAGGCUUUAAAUGUGACACAUCUUUGCCUUCCAGGUUCUACCAAAUCUGAAGCAUGUCUCUGGUUUGCGAUACCCCACAUCUUACAGAUAAACACCAGUGCACACAAGCUGUCUGGAAAGCAGUUGAAAGACAAGCUUAACCUCAGUUGUGAUUUGCAGCCCUUGGGUGAUUGAGUAAUCCAGUGUUUCUCAACCUUGGUUCCCCAGCUGUUGCUGGACUGCAGCUCCUAUCAUCCCUGACCACGAGUCCUGCUAGCUAGGUCUUGAGCAGAGACUUUUUCCACUCAAUAUCUUCUAACUGGGAGCAUCAGGUCUUAUGCCUGCAAAUAACGCCUUCAAGCAUGGAGGCCAGAGCAGGUACCUUACUUGAAAAGAAAGCAAUGCUAUGUUUCACCCAACUUAAUAAUUGAGCCAUUUUGGAGGAAGCUGUAUUAUACUGAGUCCAACCAUUCAUUCAUCUUAGCUCUGUAUUAUCUACAAUGACGGGUAUAGCAUGAGACUCUUAAUCUCAGGAUCGUGGAUUCGAGCCCCACAUUGGGCUAAAAGUUGCCUGCAUUGCAGGAAUUGGACUAGAUAGCCCUUGUGGUUCCUUCCAACUCCACAAUUCUGUGGUUCUAUGACCGGCAAUGGCUUGCCAGGAUUUCGGAUGGAGGUCUUUCCCAGUCCUCCCUGGGGAUGCCAGGGAUUGAACUUGGGGCUUUUGCAGGCAAAGUGGGUGCUUUGUCACUGAGGUUUUGAAGGAGUGUGGUUCAGUGGAUUGAUUGUUAGCAGCACCCGCAGAAGCCUGGCUUCAGAUCCCUGGCUCGGUUGCAAAGCUCACGGGGUGACCUUGAGCCAGUCAUUCACUCCCAGCCUGGCCUUCCUCACUGGGCUGUAGGAGAGAGAAGAAAAGGAGAGGCCUCCAUAUGCAUAGCCCUGAGCCUCCUGGCAGGAAGGGCAGGAUGCUGACGUGGCAAAUAGUGCCGUAAUUUAAGACGAUUCGGCUUGCUGUGGUAUGGGGUUUACUUAAACAAGGGGGUAUGGAGCAAGGGUUUGGAUAGGGAAAUGUAAUCUCCAAUGCCAACUUUUAAAGGGUGCAUUCUGCUGGGCAAUUAUGCUGAUUGAGCCUGCUAAAAUGAAUAGGGGCUGCAAGAGAGCACCAUUAUUUCCAUUAAUUUCAACCGAACUUGCAUUUAAUAACUUUUUGCCCCAAAGGUGGUUAGGCUGCAGUGCUACACAUGCUUAUUUGAAAACAAAUCCUGUUGAAAUUGAUGGAACAGAAAAAAACAUUUUGAGCUGAAGCGUUAGCAUUGCGUUUGGCUGCAGCUGCACACAAAUAUGAGAAUAAGGUCUGCUUAUAACUGGAUGAAACAAGGAGUGAGGUCACACAUAUUGUCUCUAGCAUUCUUAGAGGAGGAGGGGAAGAAUAAAGCCCUGAUUUCAACAAGACCUACGUGCCAGUAGAUCUGGGAUGGUGGUAUAAUUUUAUGCUAACAGUAGGGCUUUAACCUUUAAUGGGUUAAACAGAUCAGUCAACUAACACUUUGGUCAGUGGGGUCAUCCACACUUCUACUUGACUCAGUAUUUGUGUACCAUUUAAUUCCUGCCCACCCCCCACCCACCCUGGUCCAAGAGCUUUUCUUGUUAUUCUGCAACUGUUCCUUGCUAAAAUCUGAUCUUACCCGCUGAAUUGAAGCUUGGUUAAGCAAAAUCUCUUUUCAGGUUUUCCGUGCAUCUAAGAAGAUCUGAAUCACCAGGUAAGAUCUGAUUUUCAUAAGGCACAGCUACAAAAUGACAAGAAAAGCUCUCGAACUCAGAGGAAUUAAUCAGUACAUAGUACUAUCAAAAUACGGGCCAAGCAAAAAUGUAGAUGAGCCCAAUUAAUCUGUGUGUAACAAUCCCAAUUGGUGUGUUGAAGACACUAGUUUCUUUUUUGAAACCUUUCCAAUUUAAAAUUCUUGAAUGAAAAUAAUUAAAAUAUUCCUUCUGACAAUGUGUGGUAGAUCUCAAUGAUUUAAUCCAGUCUUUGCCAACCUGGUGUCUUCCAGGUGUUUUGGACUACAACUCUCAUCAGCCCCAGCCAACAUGCCUGUAUAAUGCUGGGGCUAAUGGGACUUGUAGUCCAAAACAUCUGGGGGCACCAGGUUGGUGAAAGCCAAUUUAAUCAAAUUAUCUUGCACUUGCUUGAGGAUGCCAAACAAAGGCACCUGUGUCAAAAUUUUGGCACUCUGCAAAAUGAUUUAAAUUAAUGAAUUGAGCAGUUUAAAAAGAUUAUAUCAAAUCGACAAACCUUGUAAAUGUGAGCUAUUUUUACAUGCCACCCAAAAUACUGGUUUUGUUUUUAUUGUAACAAGAGUCACAAAGGUUUGGUGAUAACCUGAAAUUGUUUUCUUCUGUGUUUUUCCUUCCUGUACCUUCAGAAGUUUCAGGGACUGUUGUGGCUCUGAUCUGUGCUCAUUUUUAUUGCUUACCAGCAUCUAACAUGAACUGUUCCCCCCAUAUGACAGGAAUACAAUGAACAUCUUUGAUUGGAACACCUUUUAAAUGCACCUUUGUCCAUUUGGCAAAAAGGGGCAUCCAAUAAGGCAAGGAGGGCAGUCUGAAUUGACUCAUUAUUGAUGCUUCUUUUGUUUCUCACCCCCCCAUCCCACCCCCUCAGAUGAUGAUGAACAUGACUGGAUUGUUAGGACCUGUCGGAAAGGUUGGGACGAGAUCACUGGUUUCAAGCCAAAGGAGUAA